AAAACACCCAUGCUUUUUUAAUUAAAAGCCUUGACUCUAAUCUCACCUUUUUCUUUUCUUUUCUUGACUCUAAACCACCCAAAAAAAUGGGAAACUGCAACGGGAUUCCGACCACCACCACUCCGCCACCACAACAACAACCACCUCAAGAACAACAACAACAACCACCUCAAGAACGACAACAACCACCACCAAAACCGUCUCAACCUAACGGCCUAACAAUCCUAACCGCAUCAGAGCCAGCACCGCCACGUCAUUCACCACCAUCACCUGUCGGCCGUGUCCUCGGCCGGCCAAUAGCAGACGUCCGCAACACCUACGUCAUCGGCCGAGAACUCGGCCGCGGUCAGUUCGGAGUCACACAUCUCGUCACACAGAAAGCCACGCGCCAACAGUUCGCGUGCAAGUCAAUCGCGAUGCGUAAGCUGAUCAACAAAGAUGAUAUAGAUGACGUAAGACGUGAGGUACAGAUAAUGCAUCAUUUGACAGGUCAUAGAAAUAUAGUUGAAUUAAAAGGUGCUUAUGAAGAUAAACAUUCAGUUAAUUUAGUAAUGGAACUGUGUGCCGGCGGUGAGCUUUUUGAUCGGAUUAUUGCCAAAGGACAUUAUUCGGAACGAGCCGCGGCUAAUUUGUGUAGGCAGAUUGUUACUGUGGUUCAUAAUUGUCAUACUAUGGGAGUUUUUCAUAGAGAUUUGAAGCCUGAGAACUUUUUGUUGUUGAGUAAUGAUGAAGAUUCGCCUUUGAAAGCCACCGAUUUCGGCCUUUCCGUGUUUUUUAAGCCAGGAGAUGUUUUCAAGGACCUUGUUGGGAGUGCAUAUUAUGUAGCUCCUGAAGUAUUGCGUAGGCAUUAUGGUGCCGAGGCAGAUAUAUGGAGUGCAGGAGUAAUUCUCUAUAUCUUACUCAGUGGCGUCCCGCCAUUUUGGGGAGAAACUGAACAGAGCAUUUUUGAUGCGAUUUUACGUGGGAAUCUUGAUUUUGUUUCCGAUCCUUGGCCAAGCAUAUCAAGUAGUGCUAAAGAUCUUGUCAAAAAGAUGCUACAGCCUGAUCCUAAAUCUAGGCUUACUGCGGCUGAAGUUCUAAACCAUCCAUGGAUGAGAGAAGACGGUGAUGCAUCAGAUAAGCCCAUUGAUAUUGCUGUGCUUACAAGAAUGAAACAGUUCCGUGCAAUGAACAAACUUAAAAAAGUAGCACUUAAGGUAAUUGCAGAAAAUCUUUCCGAAGAAGAGAUUAUCGGCCUGAAAGAGAUGUUCAAGUCCAUGGAUACGGAUAACAGCGGUACCAUAACAUAUGAAGAACUGAAAGCAGGUCUUCCUAAACUUGGAACCAAGCUCUCUGAGUCAGAAGUGAGGCAAUUAAUGGAAGCGGCUGAUGUUGAUGGCAAUGGAACAAUCGACUAUAUUGAGUUUAUCUCUGCUACGAUGCAUUUAAAUCGUGUGGAAAGGGAAGACCACUUAUAUAAAGCCUUUGAAUACUUUGACAAGGACAAUAGCGGAUAUAUAACAGUGGAAGAAUUGGAGCAUGCCUUAAAGAAGUACAACAUGGGUGAUGAGAAAACAAUUAAAGAGAUUAUUUCAGAAGUUGACACUGAUAACGACGGGAGAAUAAACUACGACGAAUUUGCAGCCAUGAUGAGGAAAGGCAAUCCAGAGAUGGUAACCAAUAGACGUCGUAAAUGAAACAGAAACACAACUAUAAUCGCUUUUGUUUUUUCGGUUUCUCAUAUCUCUGACUUAUUCAUGCUGAUGAGUCCAAUUUGUUAAAGCAGGCAGCCUGUUAGUUUAGUGAUCUUUUCUAAAAUAGAUCACUCAGAUUUAUUCAUGUAAGCUAUAUGUAUUUUGUCUUGAGUGUAUGUUGCCUGUUAUAUAAUGAUGUCAAUUUUUAGUUGGGAGGAAAAAAUUUUCUUCUGGGUACAUUAAUUUGUUUCUCCAGAAGCAGCAGAUCCAUCUUUGUAAUAUAGAUAUAUAAUGAACCAAAAUCUGUUCUUGACUUUGAAA